AUGGCACAGAUUCAAGCAACUGCACAAGUUAUGGACGAUGGCAUGAACUCAACUGCCUCUGAAAUCCCAGCUUUCUUGGGUUUGACUCAGCAGCAAUCUUCGCUCUUGGUUGCCCUGUACAAUGAAACCGAUCCCGAGUUUGCUCAAAAGCUGCCUACUGCAAUGCCUAUUGCUGCCCAGCAACUUUCUCAGGAAUAUGAGAAGCGUAACAGUGUUGCCAAAAAGCUUGAACGUGCCAAUGUUAAAUAUGUCGAUGAAUGUACCUUGUUCGAGACAGUCCAGCAAGAGGCUGUCCAGGCUCUUUCAGAGACUGAUAUGGACAUCGACAAGGCUGCCAAGGGUCUCGAUUUGGACGAAAAGAACAAAGACUGCAGUGUGCACGAUCUGUUGUUGGGCAGUUUGCUGUAUGGUGGUCUUCGCCGUGAACCUUCUGGACCAGAGGACAGAGCCAGCCUGAGUCCGGUGGCCAGCCCUAAUUUCGCAGGAGCCAAACGUCUUCUGGAACGUGCAUUUGAAAAGGGCUAUACUAUGGCAGCUGUCCAGAUCGGAUCGCUCUACACCCAGGAAGAGAAGUUGGCUUCAGGCAAGAACUUGCCUGGCCAGGAUCCCAAGAAAUUGGCACUAGAAUGGUAUACCAAGGCUGCCAAUAAGUGCAAUCCAAUGGCAUGUCACAAGCUCGGAUUCUUUUAUGAAAAUGGUAUUGGCUGCAAGCAGGAUAUUAAGCGUGCUAUUGAAUAUUAUGAACAGGCUUAUGAACAAGGUUAUCCUGAUUCUGCUCACAACCUGGCAAUCAUUUACCAGGGAAACUCUGGAGCUACAGUUAAUAUCAAGGACCUUGAGAAGUCCAUUUCUUAUUUUGAGCGUGCCAAGCAGUGGGGUUAUGCUCCCUCUUCAAAUGCUUUGGGUAGACUUUAUCUUUUGAUGUCCAAGGACAGCAAGGUAGCAGCUGAUGCUGGUAACCCUGGUAAUGAUCCUGAAGAGUACGUUAUUACUGGAAUGGAGCUUAUGGAGAAUGCUGCUAACAGUGGUGAUCCUGAUGCAAUGCUGAUGCUGGGUUUGAUCUUUGGAUCUAAAGAGUAUGGAUUGUACGAUAUGGCCAAGGCUCAGAACUAUAUGGAACUGGCAUUGAUCCGUGGUGAGCUUGAGGCUUACAACUACCUGGUGCGUAUUCUGCGUGCCAAGAUGGCAGCCAAGGUUGCACUCGAGAAAGAGAACGCAGACACUUUUGAGAAGCUGAGCCAGUCAGACAAGGAGAAAUUGAUCCGUCAGUUGGCCAAGGAGGCCGCUACGUCCACAUCUACAGCCACAGCCACAUCUGAGAGUGGGAAGCAUAAGAAGUGUGGUAACAGCGGUUGCCAAAAGGUCGAGGAAGAAGAAAAUAGCUUUAAGCAUUGUGGACAAUGCCAGCGUGUUGCAUACUGCUCGCGUGAGUGCCAAAAGGAGCACUGGAAGUCUGGACACAAGACUGUCUGUAGCAGCACCAGCAACGGUGGACAGUAAAAAGAAAUAGAUAUAUAGUAUAUAUAUAUAUAUAUAUAUAAUACAUACACAACCAACCAACCAACCAAGCAAGCAAGCAAGCAAGCAACCAAAAUACAUCAUAUAUAUUUUUUAUAUAUAAAUAAUAUAAUAUACAUUUUUAUACUUUAUCUGUAACAAAGGAUCUGUGAUCAAAUGAAAGCCUAAUAUAGGAAGUGUAAAAUAUG